AUGGCGUUGGAGCUUCAUGUAUGGGGUCCAGCCUUUGGGCUACCCUCAAUUGACCCUGAAUGUAUAGCUACCGUUACUUACUGCCAGCGGGUCCUUCCAGAAGGGCAAUGGAGCCUCGUUGCAAGCUAUGACAAGUCAGUCGGCUUGAUGGAGAGCCUACCAAUUCUUUUCGAUGGUGGAAUUGCAACGGCGACAGGGUUUGAGGACAUUGUCUCCUAUCUGCGCAACCACACUGCAGUCAGUGAAGACCUCGACGCAAAUCUGAGCAGUCAGCAACAGAACGACCGAACCGCAUACUCUACCUUCCUUCGAUCGACAGCCACUCCCCUUAUCGACCUCUCACUCUUCGUCUCAGCAGAGAACUACAACACCACUACCUCUUCUGCAUACACAGCGAUUCUGCCAUGGUACGCCAACUAUACCGUACCACCCAAACGGCGAGAUCUGGCAAGGAUACGGACAGCACACAUGGGUCUGGAUAGCUUGGACGUAGAUACAAGAGCCGAGGAAGGCGCAGCCCCCGGCCGAGGCACCGCAUCGGCAGAGUUCGAGGCUGCAAAACGAGCUGCAGGGCUGCCGACCGACAGUCAGCCAAGUGUAAUGAGCAUGGGACGUGGUAAGGGCAUUGGGGGCUUCCUGGGUACACAAAAGUAUGCUGCGCGGUUCAGGCUCGAUGCUGUAUCGAACGAGCUGCUAGAGCCAUUGUCAGAUCUUCUUGGAGAAAAUGAGUAUCUACUCGGUAUAGCGCAGCCUUCCAGUCUCGAUUGUCUGGCAUUUGGCUACUUAGCACUGAUGCUAUUUCCGGCUGUACCAGAAGCAUGGCUCAAGGAGACAAUAACUACGAAGUUUUCAAGGCUCGCUACAUACGUUAGCAAGUUGCGCAAAGAUAUCCUCGCCGACGAAGAUGUAAGCGCAGCUCAGGUGUGGGCCAUUACCGCUGGUUCAGCGCCUUCAGCAACAGAGAGGCCGCAGGGCGUGCUCCUGCCGUGGACGACCGGAUCGCAAAGCUUCACAUCACACACAUUCACCGGCGUUCGAGAAGUCAUUGGGAAUAUCCCAGUGCUGUCGUCACUCCUGAAACGAGAGGUCGUUUCGCCUGCAGAACCAUCACCAUCGUCCAGCCGCAUCGUUUCCGAACUUCCUUCGCCAUUAUUCGUCAAUACUCUGCUCGGCUUUACCGCUGCAGCGUCGCAGAUCCAGAACCCCCCUCCUCCCUCGUCCUCGACGAAGAGCGGGCGCUUCUUUGGCAAGGCUAACAUUGGCCACACUUUCCGCCACAAGUCUGCUGGCGCUUUCGGACCCGACCUUGCGAAGAAGCUCUCACAGUUGGUGAAGAUGGAGAAGAACGUCAUGCGCAGCAUGGAGCUCGUAUCCAGGGAGCGUAUGGAGGUCGCCCAACAACUGUCCAUCUGGGGAGAGGCAUGUGACGACGACGUUUCUGAUGUUACAGACAAGCUCGGCGUCCUGAUCUACGAGAUUGGUGAGCUUGAGGACCAGUAUGUCGACCGCUACGACCAGUACCGUGUCACCAUCAAGAGUAUCCGUAACAUCGAGGCUUCUGUCCAGCCCAGCCGUGACCGCAAGCAGAAGAUCACCGACCAGAUCGCUCAGUUGAAGUACAAGGAGCCCAACUCCCCCAAGAUUGUUGUUCUUGAGCAGGAGCUUGUGCGCGCUGAGGCCGAAUCCCUCGUUGCUGAGGCCCAGUUGUCCAACAUUACCCGUGAGAAGCUCAAGGCUGCUUUCACCUACCAGUUUGAUGCCAUGCGUGAGCACUGCGAGAAGCUUGCCAUCAUCGCCGGCUACGGAAAGCACCUUCUCGAGCUCAUCGACGACACCCCUGUCACCCCUGGUGAGACUCGCCAAGCAUACGACGGAUACGAGACCUCGAAGGCCAUCAUCCAGGACUGCGAAGACUCACUCACCAACUGGGUUGAGCAGAACGCCUCUGUCUCCUCCAAGCUCUCCACCCGCUCCCGCACCCUCUCCCAGCGCCGCCGCAACCGCAGCCAGCACACUGGCGAGCCUGUCGACCUGUCUGGUCAGGACCAGCCCCUUGACAGCCGCGAGUCUGGCUUGUGGAUCCCUGCUUCUGAACACCGAGGUAACGGCUACGAUGACGAGGAGAUUGAUGAGGCUGGUUCCACCAUCGCCAGCGAACACCGUGGUCGCGAGGAGGAGAGGAUUGCCACAUAA